AUGAUGAAGGAGAGAAGUGAGAAAAGUAAAGAAAAAUGAUGUAAAUAAAAAAAGACAUUGAAAAGAAAAGCACGCAACAAGAAGGGCUUCCCCACAGCAUCCUCACCCAACAAGAGAAGGAACCAGCCCAUUCCUGUUCCUCUACCACCGAACACACGCUUUCUUUCACGUUAACCUGCGCCCCUGCUUAUCCUGCGCACCCUUUCUUUUUUUUCCCUUCCACACCCUUCUCUUUUCCUCUCUCCUUCUUCAGAUUCGGAGCACGGCGCCCCCAGUGGGAAAGGUUCGGGUGUUGGGGGCCUAGGGUUAGGGUUUCUGAGAGAUGUGGGAUGCUCCAGGCAUUGAUGAGUCUUAUCGCGCGCUGUUGGAAACCGUUCGGGCUCGGUGACGACGCCAAUGCCGGAAGAGAAUGUAAGGACGGCCUCCUCUGGUUCCGCGACAUCGGAAGGUUCGCCGCCGGCGAUUUCUCCAUGGCCGUCGUCCAGGCCAACCAGGUCCUCGAGGACCAGAGCCAGAUCGAGUCCGGGCCCUUCGGCACCUUCGUCGGAGUCUACGACGGCCACGGCGGCCCCGAUUGUUCGCGUUAUGUUUGUGAUAACUUGUUCCGUAAUCUCCAAGUCUUCACAAGAGUCACGAACAGUUGAAAGGUGUGUGCUGGUUCUUAUCUGUGUUGGAGAUCUCUUGGAGCCAUUUGUAUGUUGUUAUUGUCUUAGGAGUGGUGUUUGUGCUGCAGCGAUAUUGGCCGAGUCACAUAGUGUUGUGACUUCUGAGGUCAUUCAGCAGGCGUUCCGGCGGACCGAGGAGGGAUUCACGGCGCUUGUUUCAGAGUUGUGGAGCUCCCGGCCGCAAAUUGCAACCACUGGAACGUGUUGUUUGGUUGGAGUUAUUUGUCGGCAGACGCUGUUUGUGGCGAGUCUUGGAGAUUCCCGUGCUGUGUUGGGUAGGAGAGUUGGCAACACUGGUGGGAUGGCUGCAAUGCAGCUGUCCACCGAGCACAACGCGAAUAUUGAGGCUGUUAGGCAGGAGCUUAAGGAAUUGCACCCGGAUGACCCCCAGAUUGUUGUCCUGAGACAUGGAGUGUGGAGAGUCAAGGGCAUAAUUCAGGUUUCUAGAUCUAUAGGUGACGUAUAUAUGAAACAUGCGCAGUUUAACCGGGAACCCAUUAAUGCGAAAUUCAGACUCCCUGAACCAAUGAACAUGCCUUUCUUGUCUGCUAAUCCAACUGUUAUUUCUCAUCCAAUCCAACCAAAUGAUUCCUUCCUUAUAUUUGCGUCAGAUGGUUUAUGGGAGCACCUAAGUAAUGAUCAAGCAGUGGAUAUUGUUCACAGCAGUCCACGUGCGGGUAGUGCCAAGAGACUUAUCAAGGCUGCCCUACAAGAAGCGGCAAGAAAACGUGAAAUGCGAUAUUCAGACCUUUAUAAGAUUGACAAGAAGGUUCGUCGCCAUUUUCACGACGAUAUAACUGUUAUUGUUUUAUUCUUAAACCACGACCUUAUAUCCAGAGGCGCAGUUCUAAAUACGCCACUCACAGUUCGAAGUGCUCUCGAUCACUGACACUCUUAUGAUUGUAAACACGUACGCUUCUCUUAUACGGGUGUUCUGCCAACUGUGCCAAUACCACAAAAUACUCAUUUGGCACGUUGCUAGAAUAUACCAUUCAUAGUGCUCCUACCUAUGCUCACUCACACCCAGACAACUUAUUCAUGCUCCAAAACUUGUAACACUUGUUAGAAAUUUAUCCAUCAAAAACGAAAAGAAAAAAAGGGAAAGAAAUCAGAAAGUAACUUUUCAUUGCCAAUUCACCAAAUCCCUUCCCUAGAUUUACGUAAUGCUGUCAUUGCUAGUGCUUGAUCUAAUCUUGGUGUAAAUUUCGUGGACGAGCAAGGUUGUAUGAGUUCGUCGAUAAUCCUCAGUCAGCAUCGUGAUUGAAUGAAUUCAUAUAUUUGAUCAGAAGU